AUGGCAGACUACUCUGUACGCAGAAUACAUAAUUUGUCGAUUGUAGUUGGGAUUGCUGGAUCUUGCCUCACUGCCGUGGCAUCAAUUCCAGCCAUCCGCGCGGUCAUUGCUCGAUACCAGCUGAAAAAGGAGAAUGACCUCUAUCAAUCUCUAUGUCAGCUGUACCAAGAUGAGGACGGACAUGCUACCGAAUUAUUCUCAGUGGUCAACUAUGGUCCAUCAAAUCGAUGGAGGGAUGGCAAUACCUCUCCUCUGCUCAUGGUAUCGUCCUUGAUAGUAGCCGGGCUUUCCAGCUGCUAUGCCUCAGUCUCGUUGCCUCGUCGCCCUGAGCUGUAUUUGGAGGGGAAGCCUGUGGAUUAUCAGUUUACCGAUACCUUCUUUGGCCGCAUUUCCUUCUCCUGGGCGGGACCUUUACUUAAAUCCGCUAUCAAGAAUCAGACUUCGGAAAUAGAUAACCUCCCAGCGCUCGACUAUGCGACCCGAUUUACGAACUUGCGAGACGUUUUUGACAAGGCAAAGAAGCCUGGUGAGAAAUUCCUGGAGAACGCUUACGCUUGGGUUUGGGUAUUUGCUCUCGGAGGCUCUAUCCUUCUUUCUUCAACUGUCGAAUCCUGGCUGUACUGGGUUGCGCAAUACCAGCUGGGUAUUCCAGUAUAUGAGCAGCUCUCCGGGGUCGUCUUUGCGAAGGUAAUAAGGCGGAAGGAUGUCAAGGGCCGACAGCAGGCCAAUGGACAACCUGAGCAAGGAGACAAACAGGACCAUCCCCAGGGGCCAUUUGAUGGCUUGAUGGGCUGGAGAGCUCUUGGUGCUGGACUACUUGUAUCAGUGGUCAUAACUCCUAUAAAUAUCUACACGGCCAAGAGAUAUAACUCGUCACAAAAUACCCUGAUGGACCACCGUGACCGUAAAAUGGGAGUGGUUGCAGAAGCCCUCCAGGGUAUCCGUCAGGUCAAAUUUUCUACCUUAGAGAGCCAAUGGGAGCAGAAAAUAUUUGCUGUGAGGGAAGCUGAGCUAAGUGCACAAUGGCCAACAUUUACUCCAUGGAGUUUUUCCCUUGCGGUUUUGCCAGAAUUGAUUGCAGACUUUGUAGAAGGCUUUGUUAGCACGGAACGUAUAGGAAAAUAUUCCGAGUCAUCAGAAAGGGCUCAAAAAAUGCUUCCAACUGGACAUAUCUCGUUUGAAAAGUCCACCGUGACGUGGCCUACGGAGAACCUUGAUUACAAAGCCGAACAGUUCAUGCUUCGGGAUAUGAACAUCAACUUCCCGUCAAAGGGGCUAAGUGUGAUAUCAGGGAAGACUGGCUCUGGAAAGAGUUUACUUCUUGCUGCUAUCGUGGGCGAAGCUGACGUGCUCCAGAGUGUUAUUCGAGCCCCUGUUCCACCUCCACUAGAGGACAAAUUUGACAGUAAGGCCACGAAGGCUAACUAG